CGCCACUCCCCCGCCUCCCUCCAUUUUGCCCCUACCGCGCAGCGCUAGGCCGCCGCUGUAGCCCACGCCCACUGCCCGCACGCGAGCUCAGCUCAGCCAGCUGGUUGCUCUGUUCAGGCGCCACGCCGCCAUGGCCGUCGUGGAGCGCCGUCGCGGCCGUGCACUGCGCGCGGUCCUCCUGCUGCUCGCCACGCUACCGGCGGCGACGCUCGCGCCGGCCGUCGGCGGCUCGGCGGCGUUCCUGCUGGAGGAGGACCUGACGAUCCUCGGCGCGGUGGGGUCGGCGGCAAAGGUGGGCGGCGGCAAGGCGCAGGGCAGCGCGAACGCGAGCGGGACGCGGCCGGGCGGGGGCGGCAGGUACUACCUGGGGUGGAAGGAGGAGAUCGCGGCGCUGGCGGGGCGGCCCGAGUUGGCGGCGUGGCUGCGCGGGGUGCGGCGCCGGAUCCACGAGCGGCCCGAGCUGGCGUACGAGGAGGUGGAGACCAGCCGCCUGGUCCGCGACGAGCUGGCCGCCAUGGGCGUCGGCUUCCGCCACCCGCUCGCGCGCACGGGCGUCGUCGCCACGCUCGGCACUGGGCGCCCGCCCGUCGUCGCGCUCCGGGCCGACAUGGACGCGCUGCCCAUCCAGGAGGCCGUGGAGUGGGAGCACAAGAGCAGGAACCCCGGGAAGAUGCACGCGUGCGGGCACGACGCGCAUGUGGCCAUGCUCCUCGGCGCCGCCAGGAUCCUCAAGGCCCGCGAGCACCACCUCAAGGGCACGGUGAAGCUUCUGUUCCAGCCGGCCGAGGAGUCCGGCUGCGGCGCGAAGCGGAUGAUCGAGGACGGCGCGCUGGAGGGCGUGGAGGCCAUCUUCGCCGUGCACGUCUCGCACCAGCACCCGACGUCCGUGAUCGGGUCCCGGACGGGGGCCCUCCUCGCCGGCUGCGGCUUCUUCAAGGCCGUGAUCCGCGGCGACGCGCGGGGGCAGCGCCGGCGAUCCGCGGACCCCGUCCUGGCCGCGUCGUCGACCAUCAUCAGCCUCCAGAGCCUCGUCUCCCGCGAGGCGGACCCCCUCGACUCCCAGGUGGUGUCGGUGGCCGUGGUGAACGGGAGCGCCGGCGCCGGCGGCGCGGCGGAGCCGCUGAUGGUGCUGGGCGGCACAUUCCGCGCCUUCUCGAACGCGAGCUUCUACCAGCUGCGGCGGCGGAUCGAGGAGGUGAUCGCGGCGCAGUCGCGGGUGCACGGGUGCGCGGCGGCGGUGGACUUCUUCGAGGACGAGAGCUUCUACCCGCCGACGGUGAACGACGCGCGCAUGUACGGGCACGUGCGGCGCGUGGCGUCGGAGCUGCUGGGCGCGGGGGGCUACCGCGACGUGCCGGCGAUGAUGGGCGCCGAGGACUUCUCCUUCUACUCGCAGGCGGUGCCCGCGGGGUUCUACUACAUCGGGGUGCGGAACGAGACGCUGGGGUCCGUGCACACGGGCCACUCGCCCUACUUCAUGAUCGACGAGGACGUGCUCCCCACCGGCGCCGCCGUGCACGCCGCCAUCGCCGAGAGGUUCCUCGCCGACCACGCCUCGCUAACAGGCUCCCCUUCCUCCGACGACCUGGUCGAGCAGGAGCUGUGACCGACCCGGCGCGUACGAGAGCCCAGCUAGUGGAUCGAUCGAUCGAUCGACCAGCGCGAGGCCGCGUGCCCCCGGCUGCCGGCGCCGGCGCGGGCACGGUGGAGACGGAUGGCUCUGGCCGAUCGCUCCGGCGUCUUCUUGGGUGGUGGUGGUGUUGGAACGCGGGCUCGGAUUGGUUCAGUUUUUGUGGCCGUCGGGCUCGUGAUCCGCGGCCGUGACGCGCCGGUGGGUUGGGGCUGGGGUUUCGUAUGCGUGAGCGAAGGAACCGUGACGGCCGGGCGGUUUGGCGCGUGUAAAGCACGUGAAAAGUGUAGCCUUAAGCUGAUGGGAUACUGGGCUGUACGUACGUGUUUUCGCCCCAGUUGGGGGAUGAUGUCUUGAAAACUCAUCGGUGGUGCGUGCUUCUCGUUGCUUCUUCGACAGAUUGGGCCUGGGAGAUAAAUUGAAUUGGAGAACAGAGAACGUACUGGGCCUAAA